CUUUGUGAACAGAAAUGGCUCCAGAUGAUUUACUGUAGUUUACUUUUCUCUGUUUACAUUUUUGUUUCUCUAAAAUUAAAUUGUAAAUUAAUUUUCUUUUUUUAUUAAUUUGUGUGGUAAACAACUCAUAACUCUAACUUUCAUCUUUAUUUCAGUGCAUCAUGGCUGAAUACAAUAUUCAUCAUCAUGUCUGGAAAUUAAUGCAGCUUCUUGAUGUACGUACCGAUCGAGGAGACAUGGAGACAGCUAUUGCUGAAAGAUUACUUGAAAGUAAAACGUUACAAGGUAAUCGUAAAUCAUCUGCGUCAACUAAAUUUGUCAAAAAAUUGAACAAUCUCAGUAAGGGUGAAUUUAAAGAGAAAUAUGAAGAGCUCAAAGCAGCCAAUAUUAUGGAAGUUGAUCCAUUGGUACAGCUGUUGGCACGAAUAUCCGAGUCUGAAGAUGUGAGGAAUUUUAUCAAAUUACAAAAAAUUUUUAAAGAAAAGACAAGAUCAGCUUCUGUUGGACAGAAAAGUGAGACGCCCAAUGAAAAAAGAGCUACAUCGUCCUCAGUUGAAUCUGUCAAUCGUCCAUCCAAAAGGGAUGCUAGUUCCACUAAAUCAGAUCGAAAGGUAGAUUUUUCAUGUCUCACAUAUGACUUUUCUCCUUUUGAUUGGCCUUCCGAUGCAAUUGUUCCUCCAUUAUCAAGUAUGUCUAUUACUGAUCAAGAAAGUGCCCUUAUUGAUGAUCUCCUCUAUGUUCUUGUUGGUAUUGAAGGAAGAUAUAUUCGUCGAACUGUUAUUUCAGAAAAGAAGUUCCGCCUGGUAGUUGAUGAUGGCACCGAUAAAUUACUGAAGACGCUGGUUGAAAGAAUCAUCAUUAUAUGCCCUUUAUACUCUGGUGUCAUAUUUUUUAUCGAGCAUCAUGACUUUGGUCUCGUUAACCAAGCUCUCAUUGCAUUUAUGAGAGGAAUAAUUCACGACUAUUUCCUUCUCAUCACUCAAUUGGAACAUCAACACCGACAAGGAGAUAUGACUCUUCAAAAAAUGUGGUUUUUCCUACGAGAUGUCCACUCUGAUCUUGAAAUUCUCAAGCAAGUUAGCUACAAAAUUAGACAGGGUAAAUGUAUUGGUGGAGCUGUUUUAAGCAUAUUACAUGAAAAAACUGUGAGCCAUACUGGAAAUAUUCGUGCUUCUCAAUUCUGUAUGAAAAUGACAUCGACUGCUUGCGAACCCUAUUUUAAUAUACUUGAAAGAUGGAUCUCAGAAGGUGUCAUCUGUGAUGAAUAUAAAGAAUUUUUCAUUGAAGAUACAGAAACAGAAUUAGGAGAAGAUCUUUGUUCAGAAUCUAAUGAUGACUCCUAUUGGGAAAGUAGAUACGAAGUGGUAUCCAAUCGCAUGCCUAUAUUUUUAUCUCGUUUUGCUGAUAAAAUAAUGAAAACAGGAAAAUAUUUAACCGUUAUCAGAGAAUGUGGCAAAGUAAUUGGAGAAUCUCCCGAAUGUGAACCUCUUCAAUAUACUAUUGAGGAUAGAGUUUAUGCUGAACGUAUUGAUACUGCUUAUAAUUAUGCUAGUAAAAAGUUGCUUCAUAUGCUAAUAAAUGAAUCAAACUUAAUUGCUCAUCUCAACUCGGUUAAGCACUAUUUCUUCAUGGAUAAGGGUGACUUUUUGGUUCUUUUCAUGGACAUGGCUGCUGAUGAACUCAAAAAAGAUAUCGACGAUAUUGUACCCACAAGACUUGAAUCUCUACUUGAAUUGGCAGUUCGAACCAGUGUUAUGAGCACAGAUCCUCAUGCAGAUUUUCUCGGAAUCGAGCUUCUCAAUGAUUCAGUGUUGUUCCAACUCUCUCAAAUUUUAAGCCACGGAUCAGCCUCUUUCCUCGAUAACAGUGACAAACAAAUGGAGUACCCUGAAAGUUUAAAAGGUUAUGAAGCAUUAGCUUUCAAAUACAAAGUAGAAUGGCCAUUAUCUUUAAUUUUAAACCAGCGUAAUAUUGCUUGCUAUCAAAUGCUGUUUAGACAUUUAUUUUACUGUAAAUGGGUUGAAAGACAACUUGGUAUAACCUGGAAAGAAAAUAAGAUCUCGAAAAGAUUCGCUCUUAAAACGAUGAAAUCCUAUGCUGAAGCAUUUGGUUUACGCCAAAAGAUGUUAAAUUAUGUUCAAAAUUUAGAAUAUUAUAUGAUGGUUGAAGUAAUCGAACCAAACUUCCAUACAUUUUUGCAAAAAGUCAACUCUAAAGUAACCAGUGUAGACGAUAUGAUUAAUGAACACACAAUUUUCAUGGAAGGAUGUCUUCAAGAUUGUAUGUUAACACAAAAAGUUGCCCUUCAAUUAAUGGUUAAAUUACUUAACCUUUGUAUGGAUUUUGCUUCUUUUAUGCAUACAAAUCAUCAGCUUUCAGCUCAAUUUGAGCUUCAAGGUGCAAGUGAGCAAAUCAGAAAAGCUUAUGAAUUCAAGCCUAUUAAAGAAGAUGAACAAAGUGAAGUCUUACCAAGUUUCGAGCAAAGGAUAAAUCAACUGCACACAGAAUUUAAUGACAAUCUACAACAGCUUUUAAAUGAAAUAAUUAGUCAACAAAAUGAUCAUUACACCGGAAAAAUGCUUCAUAUUCUUUCAAGGCUUGACUUCAAUGAAUACUACGGAAAGAUGAAUAAUGGAUAUUCUUGUCCAGAUCAGUGAAAAAAUUUUGUAGUUAACUUAAUUGUAAACUACAGUUCUACUUACUGUAAUAUAUUUAAGUUUCUUCUAUUGAUAA